CUAGUAGAGAAUACUAAAGCUAAGUAUAGUAUACAAGAUAAAGACACCUACAACUUUAACAAAUCUAGCUUUAUAAUAGGCGUUAUAUUAACAGGAGCUAUUGUUACAGGCUCUAAGCAGUGGACCAGCAUCAUCCAAGGCAUCUGCGCGAAGGGCUGGUCUAUCCCACCCUUUAUUAUCUUCUCUAGCAAGCACCACCUCUCUACCUAG